GUUAAUACGUGUCUGUGGGAUAAGUGUACGGAUAGUUCCGCGUUGAACUAGGCUUUCAGCAUAGACUCGCUGGCACAGUUUUCUUCCCCUGCGAUGAGGUUUGUGCAUUGCAGUCGCAUUUAAGUCUCGCGCGCUUCUCUACUGCUGCUGCAACGAGGGAGUUGUUACUCGCAUCCUCCUACGCAUCCAGGCUCGCGAUCGGUUCCGUGACAGACGGUGGUGAUAGCGUUCGAAAGGAAGAACCAUUUUCGGCAGCGAUUCUAGUUUCAACGUGGUUAAACCCGCGAGUGCAAUCAAUUUGGAUGCGCAGUGAGCCAAGUUUCAUACGACUGUUGAAGUGGGUAAUGUGCCUUCCAUGCACGAGGUGCGAAUCGAUUCAUCGAUUUUGUUCCGGCAAUUUUCAAACCAUGAUUUAAAAAGUGAGUAUGCGCAUGCUGAUGAGAAGUAGCAUGAUAUUCGGCAUCGGAACCAUUGUGUGAUACCGUCGAAAUUGUGCAUUGAACAGGGAAACAAGCCGGUGAUUGAUGAUAAUACUUUUUAGAAGUUCGUUCGGAAAGAAGGAGAAACAGCAAAGGCUCGAAUUUGAAUUGUGUAGUUUAACGCACGAAUGAUGAAUGGAGUCAGAUAGCGAGCACGUGGGAGUCUAGUGGAUGAUAAUGAAAAUAGUGUACGAUAAUCGUUCCAAACGUUGAAGAUUCAAGGAAAAGCAAACUGAAAACAAACGAGGAUUUGAUCGGGCCUGUUGAACACGUAUCCGUGUUCCCAAGUGAAUAGUGCAGGUAGUGAGAACAAUUGUGUUCGAAAAAGGAUUUACAUUGUUCUUCGGUUUUUCGAAAAUAAAGACACCUAGCGAAAGCGAACUUAAAUACUGGCUGCGGUUCGACUUUUAUGGAUACAAUAGGUGAUCAGAUUGUGCCGUCGACAAGCUUUUGGGUAAUGCAGUCACCAGAACUAGAAUUUCGGCAUGAGCUGAUGGGGCGCAUAAAUAAAUUGGAAAGCGAUGUCGAGCUGGACGUGGUGCCGAUUAAUCACCAUCAUCCAUCAUCCAGCUCUCCCCUGUCCCAACCUGCCUUGACUGGAUACGGUGGCCAAGGUUACGACCAUUACGGCAAGGAGUUCUUUUUCGGAAGCAAACACCGCGAUGCAAUGUGUGGAGAUGCCGACGAUUCGUUCUUGCGGCCGCCCCUGUGGGAAGAUAUUACGAGUUCGAUACAGAACAUUGACCCGGAGAACGCAGUCAUGUUGGGUACCCUGAACGGUAUUCCGCAGGUUAAAACCGAAGCUGUGGAUGACACCUUCCUGGAACCGCUAUCGUCGCCACUCCUAAGUCCACUGGAGAUCAAAACCGAGAAGAGCCAUGCAAUGCAUAAUAAUAAUAAUAACAAUAUCAAUAACAAUAGCAUACACCAAAAUCACAUUCUAAGCGAUAGUAGUUGUAAUAAUAAUAACAAUAAUAGUACAAGCAACCUAUUCCUAGCCACUAGCGAAUCUACCUACCUGCAUCACUCGCAUUCCCCCUCGGUAUCCCUGGCCGCUAGUCACCACACCCAUGGUCAGCAACACAAUCUCAACGGUUAUAUGGGUUGUACCAACGGAAGUGGGAAUCUGCAGGGAACGGGUGCGACCCACCAAGUUCAAGGUGUUCACCAGCACCACCAGCAGCACAACCAAGCCCAUCACCUGCAGGUUAACCAAAACAACAACUACUAUCAUCAUUGGCCUCCGCAUCAACAUGGCGGCCAUGGUUCUGCCCAAAUGUAUCACCCAAAGUAUCAAGCCUCAGCUAUCUGUACGCCAAUUUCGAGGCUAAUGUAUGUUCCACCGUUAACCCCACCAAACUCGGAUCCAGGCAGCCCUGGAACCACACUACAGAACCCUCCCCGACGGACACCGCCACCGCCGUACCAUCCACAGCAGAUAGCUUCCUUGUCGGCGCAUUUAGCUUCCGGUAGUCAUCAACCGUCGCAUCUACACCACCAUCCUCACCCGACGGUAUCCUCGGCAUCAUCCACCAUUCCUGUCGGAUCUCAGCAAUUGCAUUCGCAGCUGCAUACUAACCAAUCGCAUCAACAACCUGCCGUACCACCACCAGCACCACCACCACAACCACCAUCUGCGAACCACCUUCCUACCAAUUCAAUAGCAAUACCGUCGAUAGCAAUCAAUAGCAGCAGUUCGAACAGUGGCAGCAGUAGUAAUAGCAACAACAACAGCAACAACAGCAGUAGUAGUAACAAUACGGGAAGUACUACGGGUCGUAAACGCUCCUCCCAGCACAGCAUCAACAGUGUGCUCAGCAGUGUCGGCGUGGUAAAACACAUCGUUGGGCGGUAUAACCGACGAAACAAUCCGGAGCUGGAGAAGCGGCGGAUACACCACUGUGAUUUCAUCGGUUGCACGAAAGUCUACACCAAAAGCUCGCACCUGAAGGCCCAUCAACGAAUUCAUACCGGCGAAAAACCGUACACCUGCCAGUGGCCCGAAUGCGAGUGGCGUUUCGCGCGAUCCGACGAGUUGACGAGGCACUACCGCAAACACACGGGAGCCAAACCGUUCAAAUGCAUUGUCUGUGAGCGGAGCUUCGCCCGCAGUGACCAUCUGGCGCUGCACAUGAAACGACAUUUACCAAAAAAUAAGUAAACUUUCGGUAAACCAACCGUAACGCCAUAAUCCAUAGAGAGCAGCCCUAUUUCCAAUGUUGUCUUACCCAUCUGGACGUUGUAGCGGUCGCAAAAUAUUGAAUUGCGUUCUAUAGGUUAACGAUAUGACUUUUGUUCCCACAGUAGAAAGUAAAACCGAUGAAACCAAAAGUGGUCCAUCUGAAACCAUCCGAUUGUAGACAAUUGAUAAUUGGAAAUCUCUCCAGACCAAAUAUUGAUUUAACUAAUCAAAGGCAUCCAUGAAGGAACCCCUCUCUCAGAAAUGAAUGCUUAAAGCCAAUCGCUCUGAAGCAGUCCCAUUGUCCAUUCCCGUCUGCAGUUAGAUGAUUUUAUUCUUCAUUCAUAUGAAAAUGUUACAAACAGCAUCUUGGUGUCUAUAGAAAUAGGUUUUGAACUAGUGAAACCAAGCUGAAGAACAGAGCCCACAAAUCUGACAACUACUGAUCCAAACAACUCGAUCUCUAUGAAAAUCGAUUAGCGAGUAAUCAUUAAAAUAGUGAGUCGUUCCCCAGUGUUAUACAUUAGUAUAUCAUUAAAAAAAACAUGUCGUCAAGAGCUCACCUACACAGUCUCUCUGAACAAUCAAUGUGAACUAUUGUUUAUAAGCCACAUGCAAAAUGAAGAAAAAAUGAAUGUUACCACAAAGCGUAAGGAAAACAUAGCCUACUUAACCUUGAAUCAAUUCGUUCGAAUGUAAAUGUGUCCAUUAAAAAAAUUAGACCACAAACCUAAUCUAAAUGUCGUGUUCUUUAGUUGCCAUUAACGUUCCAAAAGUCGUAGAAUGACAAAUCCAAGCACAAGUGUUUUAAAAAUAUAGUUGUAUUCAAUUGAGUUAUGAAAGUACUUGAACACUGAAUAUAUACCGUACAAUUUCCUCUCGAGAAGCUUCCGUACUACUAUAGGAUUUAUAUGAGUUUAAUUUUGUUGCUAAUUUGUUCAAACUUUUACUACUUUUAGCUUUGAUGUUUCAUAUAUUUCACCGUACUGCACGGAAACCCGUGCAACUCAAUAGCACCGUACUUUAAUUUAUUUAGCGUGAUUUAGUAGAAUAGUACGAAUAGUACGUGCUAUGGUUUUAUCAAUGAACUUAUAAACUGUCGGAAAACUAAAAAAACACAUAAUCCGAUAGAAAAAAACUAAUGAAAAAAAAACAAGCAUUCCACAAAUCCGUUCAUAGGAAUAAUGUCGUUUUAUCAAGACUAUAAAUGUGUAAGUAUUUUGAAUAAACUGAAUUUACUGUGUAAGAAAGUGCCUGUCAACGAGACACGUGUUUUGAAAUAUAUGAAUGUUUUGAAAUGAAAUGAAAAA